AGAAACAAAAUGGCGGCAAAAAUGAAACGACGGAAAUUUUUGUGGUUGUUUGUUGUGACAAUAUCGAUUUUGUUUGUGUCCCUGGUUCUGUACUUAAGACAUAAACUAGGUCAGCUAGAAUGCACAGCCAACAAAGGCCCAGUACCUUUCCAUCAGUACCUCUUGAUGCUGAAGAAACUUAUUUUCGGAAGUGUGACAGAGGAUAGAGACAAGAAAUCACUACUGUGUGGCAAAAACAUAAAUGAAGUGUGUAUGCACAUUCUCACAAAACAGUUACCAGAAGAUGCCAAAUACUACCUUGUAGAAUUCUGGGAGAAAGAUCCAGAGCUUCGAGAAUUUGUAUUUCGGAUUCUUGUUGUUGUUGGAUUAAUUUCUUUGACAAUAUUCUGCAAUUUCUGCAGGUGGAUGACAGCAACUGAACUUCAUUAUGAUGAUGAUUAUGAAGAAAAGACAAUCAAAUCAAAUCUUAGUAAAAAAGGAUCAGAGAACUCAAAUAACAAGCCUUCAACCCAACGAAUCUCAGAUUUGAAGCAAGUUAAUCAUAAUGUGUCAAGUUCUUUUGAAGAUAGUUCAAGGAGCUACCAAUCAGCCAGGAGAGAAGAAGGGUGUCGAUCAUGGAGUGUGUGGAAGAUUAUAGGUGUUACAUUGGCAGUCCUUACCAUUCUGAGCAUACCAUGGGAAUUUAUUAGACUUUAUCAGAAAGAGGUAUCUAAAAGGGCUGCCCAGGCAUCCAUAGGAUCACCACCUGAAUGUUUCCCCAGUGGCAUGUCAGUCUUUCAGAGUCUCAGACUUUGGCUGAAAAGUCACUUCUCCUGGGACAGCAGCACUGACCCAUGUGAGAAGUAUUACUACACUAUGCUGGUGGAUCCAUUGUGGGAGCUCACUCCUCUCAUGGUUCUGUCAUCAGCUCUGACAAGGUGUAUACUUCACCCAAUGGAAAAACUCUCGUCUGGACUAGGUCGCAGCUUUCGGGUGUUCUUCGCCGAGAUUCCUGCCCAGUGGCAACCCAUCAUCAUGGCCCUGCUUCUGCUCUGUGCAUUAAUGCUGCUCCUCGUUGUUUUCAGCUACCGAAUUUCCAUACCACUUCUGUUCAAAGUGGAACCCAAGACUCCUGUCCAGGACAAGCAACGGCCACCACCUCGAAUAGAGCUUUCAUCAAAUUCCCAUGGCCACUGUGAUCAUCCUAACCACAUGCAUCAUGUGCCAGACAGACGAAGUGCGCUGAAAGGCAUACCCAUCAAGACUGCAGGACGCAGACGAAGACUUGCAUCAUGGGAUAAUGAGCGGGAUUAGCAUCACUCCACAUCAAUAACAAUGAUGAUGAAAAUAAUAACUAUUGCUGUUUCCAUGAACUUGUGCAUGCUCAAAACGCUAACAAAUUAUUACCCCAGAUAACCCAAGCUGCCUGUGAUGCUCUAGAAGGUUAAGAGUCAUAUGACUUAUGACACCGGGUAUCCAUUUUCUGCUGGGUGAACAGAGGCAGUUCAUGAACAAACUCACUUGCCUAAGGUAAGACCACAUCAGUUCAGGAUUUUUCUGGGUCUAUUGAUUUGUGAAUCCCGUGGGAUCUCAGGAACAUUUUUUAGUGUCACAAGGAUAAAUACAAGGGGCCAAGACAUAUUUCACUGUGAUGUAUACUUCCUUUGACUUCCAAGAACUUUAAUGAUGUCCUGGAACUGCACAAUAUGAAGCACUGCAGUAAUAAUGGUCUCUACCGAACUGAAGUUUCAGUACAAUGAAAGAUCGCAAAAGUGAUGAAAUGUCUGUAGAACAAAAGGCUGUUAAUUACACUCUCUGAGGGGAGUUCAUUGUGCUAUUAAUUACACUUUUUGAGUUGGGGUCAUUGUGCGAAAUGGGGACCAACACAUCUGCUCCCUUUGGUGAUCUGACCGAUCUCUCAGCCUACAUCUUGUGACUGGACUGACUACAUUAAGUUGCUGAGUCCAUGUUUUCAACAAGAGGAAAUAUUUGUACCUGUAUACUGUUCUUGUUGUUCUGGCUGUUCUUUAGUAUUCCCAACAUGAUGUUGAUAUUUGGAUGCAAAUAUCUGCAAAUAUCUGCAUGCAUUGUCAUGUUGCCAUGGGAUAAAAGAAGUUACAUACUGUAUAUCUAAUG